AUGCGUGUUAGACACAUGUUGGCAAUACACAAGAUAACCGAGGAAGAGGCAACAGGACUGGAGUUGAUGCCAACUGCUGAAGAAAUAAAGAAUGUAGUGUGGGAUUGUGAGUCAACAAAAGCACCAGGGUGUGACGGGUAUAAUAUGAACUUCAUUAAGAAGUAUUGGGACGAAGUUUGGAAGGAAUUCAUUGAAGCAGUGUUGGGGUUCUUCUGGUCCGCUAGGCUACCUAGGGAUUCGAAUGUUACUUGGGUGGCAUUGACAUCGAAGUUUGUUGGAGCUACUGAAAUAAAAGAUCUUCGGCCAAUUAGUAUGGUGGGUUGUGUGUAUAAGGUCAUAUUUAAGGUGUUGGUUCGGAGGAUGCAGCAUGUAAUGCCAGGCUUAGUAGGCAAGACUCGGAGUGCUUUUGUGCAAGGCAGAAAAAUUCAUGAUGGAGCUUUGAUAGCCUGUGAAACUGUGCAGUGGGUUAAGUCAAGAAAAAAGGAGCUCAGUGAUAAUUAA